CUGGAGGAUUUAACGAUAUCUGUGGCUGACCACAUUCAACGGGUGCUGAAGAGUAACUUCGCUGCAGCCUGGCAGGAAUUUGAUGCGGACUCCGAGGUUGAAGAGACCUAUUUCCUCACCAAAUUCCCAACAAUUAAGGAGAAUGUUGAUGGUUUGGGUCCUACUUGUCGACCCAGCCGUCCAAUGGCACUUUUGACUGAUGAGGUUUUCUGUCCAAACGAACGCUUCUUAUUAUCUACCGUUCGUUUUUUUCCAUUUAUUACCCCUCCUGCAACAGAGAUGGUAUCUGAACUUCUGAACCAUUUGGGUAUGCAACCUUGUGAGCGCUCCGACCAGCUCCCGGCCGAAGCGAAACCUUCACACACCCUCCUACUCUCCGGAGUUUUCCGCGGUGGCAUUCCCGUCCUCUCACGGUGCAGGUUGGCCAAGUCAGUUCAACCGGAAACCGCGUCUGGCGUGAAUCUCCAAAUUCUUGUCCGUUCCUCCGUGCCUGAGAUAAGCCAGGCCAUCGCAGACUCGCUGAGUUAG